AAAAGUUUAGUGAACAGAGUUGACAUACUGGUGACCAUGGAGGAAAAACAGAGCAGCACGGACACAAAUUUUACUCCAGACCCAGGGGGAGCAGAAACAACACAAGAUUGUCCACGUGACCCCAGUUCAGAGGAAAUAAUCAGCAGACAGAUGAGUGAACAGGGCCGGUUUGCUUAUGCUGCUCUGUGUGGUGUCUCUCUGGGCCAGUUGUUUACUGGAUCUGAAAACAGUGUUUUCAGGGAGCAGUAUCUGCAGGGCUUGGUGCGCUGGCUGGACCUGGAUGAGUCCGUGAUGCCAGUUAUGGGGGCUUUCCUGUCAGGUCUGGGCUUUGAAGGCUCGGACACCUUCCUCUCCAUCUUACAGGCUGAACCACUGCUGGCCUCUGGAUCCACCCCUAUCAUACAGGAUCUGGUGUCUUUUUCUGUCAAGGACGGCCAGUAUGAUGCCAGAUCAAGAGUUCUCAUCCGUCAUGUCAGCUUUCUGCUUCGAGUCCUUCCACAGCAGCUGGAGGAGUUUGAGGAAACGCUGGGAGAGAGGCUGAGGGAAGGAGGAGAGGAGAGCGAAGAGGAGUCCUCUCGGCGGCAGAAGAGAGAAAGAGGGCGAAAGUUACGACGCUACCUCCUCAUUGGACUAGCCACCGUGGGCGGAGGAACUGUGAUAGGUGUGACAGGUGGGCUGGCGGCCCCGUUGGUGGCGGCAGGGGCCAGUGCUGUGCUGGGGGCUGGGGGGGCUGCAGCUCUGGGAUCAGCCACUGGCAUUGCAAUCAUGGCCUCUCUGUUUGGAGCAGCAGGAGCUGGAUUGACUGGAUAUAAGAUGAAGAAGUGUGUCGGGGCAAUAGAGGAAUUUGAGUUCCUGCCACUGAACUCUGGGAAGCAUCUCCAUCUGACCAUUGCAGUGACGGGUUGGCUCUGCAGUGGAAAAUACAGUUCGUUCCAGGCCCCGUGGUGCAGCCUGGGCGAGUGUGGAGAACAGUACUGCCUGGUAUGGGAGUCCCGUUUCCUCAGGGAUCUGGGCUCAGCCAUGGCCUCUCUGUUGGACGGGCUGGUAGGCAUGGUGGCCCAAGAGGCGCUCAAGUACACAGUGCUCUCAGGCAUCGUGGCGGCUCUGACCUGGCCGGCGUCUUUGCUGGCAGCAGCCAGCGUCAUUGACAACCCCUGGUGUGUUUGUCUGAACCGCUCAGCUGAGGUGGGGAAACACCUGGCACAGGUUUUGAGAAGCAGACAGCAGGGGAAGCGGCCUGUCAGCCUCAUAGGUUUCAGUCUUGGGGCCAGAGUUAUCUACUACUGUCUACAGGAGCUUGCCAGUGACCAAGGUUGUGAAGGGGUAGUGGAGGAUGUGGUCCUUUUGGGGGCCCCUGUGGACGGCUCUGAAAAGGCCUGGGAGAGAAUGACCAGGGUGGUCGCUGGAAAAAUAGUGAACGGCUACUGCAGGGGGGACUGGCUCCUGGGGUUCUUGUACCGAAGUUCAGCUGCACAACUGUGCGUUGCUGGGCUACAGCCAAUCAACAUCCAGGAUCGGCGAAUAAUCAACGUGGAUCUCUCCUCCGUGGUGAAAGGUCACUUGGAUUACAUGCGUCAGAUGGACACCAUCUUGGUGGCAGUAGGAGUUCCCACUAAAGAAGUCCCGGGAACCUCCUUUGCUCUUCCUCAGCCUGUAACCAUCACAAAGGGAACAGGGGACGUCCCUGACCAGCAACAAGAGACGGAGACACAAAGCCAAGUGGAGGAGGCUGGUACAGGAGAGAGAAGUGGAGGCGUGAAAGAGGUGGCAGAGACAGAGGAGAUGGGUGACGGUUGGGAUAUCCCUGAUAUUUCGGACCUGCUGGACUCAUUAAAUGAUACAGAAUCAAACAACAAUUCACCACUUGCUUGUGAGGAGAAGGCAACAAAUGGCGACUCAGCGUCUGCUUUUAAUUCCUCGCGUGACGGUGUGGCAGACUCUGAUAACGAACACAUAUCAUGGAGCUGGGAUGAUACACACUGGACUGUAGAGCACACACACAAACAAAGGCAGCCAAACUUGUAAAGAGCAUGUUACAGGACCGGCUGCUUCCCUGUAAAAUCUCAUCCUCUCACGUUUUUUUUUCAGCGUCCGAGUUUCGUCUGAGGAAAUUACAUUCUUAACACAAUGACAUGCCAGAGAUGGCUAAAGAGUCAAUUCACACAUAGGGUCGCCCCGAGUGAAAGCCCCCUGUGAAUUAACUGCAUUGUUUAACCUCAAAAUAAUGGUUUUAUAGUAAUGUAUUAAUUUAACCCUUUUAAAGCUGAGCAAAUUGGCUUGAUUUCUUUCAAAACAUAGGAAGAAGCCAA